UAAGUACCUUUUAAUCACCAUUAAUAUACUGUUUCGUUGCGAUUAUUAUUAAUUUUAUCGUCGUCCGAACGCCGGUCGGGCGUGAAGUGCGAGUCGUGUCCGUCGCCGUUUCGACUGUUUCGUGUUUGUUUUUGUUCGAGAACAACGGAAAUAUGUGCCCGUCACGCCGCCCGUGUACGUAGCGUGAGCACGCGCUCGCCCGCUCCUCCGAAUCUCCCGACCGGCCCAGUCAUCGCCUCUGCACGUGCACCAUACACACACCGAGUGAGGCGAUGUUGCGACGUUGUUGAGCUCGCCUCAUCGUCGAAAACUGCGACGGACUUUAGCCAGAAGAAAUUGCUCCUUAAGGUGGUUGCCCAACGGAUACGCUCCUCGAUCAGAUAAAAAUGGAGUCUGAAUCAAAUGAUGUUGAGUUGAAAAGUGUCGUUUCAGAUACAAAACGCACUAGGUUUCAAGUAAAUUUGGUGGAUUGUGAAACUCCUCCAAGGCUGCGAUUAGAUAGUGCUUCAUCGGAAGAUAAUAAAUAUAAAAGUUUUCGACAGUUAACACGUGAAGCAUUACCAAGAUUGGAUAAUUACAGAAAUAUUAUGUCGGUGCAUGUUGCAUGCAGACCUACUCUGGAUGAACUGCAUAAUUGUGAUUUGGCUGAAAAAAACAUGGAAGCUCAUGAAAAUGAACCAAGUAGACCAACAAAGAAGAAACAUGAAGAGGGAUGGAUUCAAGGAGUUCUUAUCCGUAACCUGGUACAAAUAUGGGGUCUCAUGUUAUUUUUAAGAGUAGCAUGGGUUGUUUGUACUACUGGUUUAAUUUCAGGAAUUGUUAUAAUAUUAUUUGGUGGUGCUAUCACAACUAUAACGGCCUUAUCUAUGUCUGCAAUUAGUACAAACGGUGUAUUGAAGGAAGGCGGAACUUAUUUUAUGAUAUCUCGUUCACUUGGCCCAGAAUUUGGUGCUUGCAUUGGUGUAAUCUAUUCUAUAGCAUUGGCUGCCGCAUGUGCAAUGCAUAUGGUUGGAUUUUGUGAAAUGGUGCAGAUUAUCAUGAAGUCAUUUAAUUUAUUUAUACUGGAUGGUGAGGUACAAGAUAUGAGAAUUCUUGGAAUAUGUUUAACAGCUGCAUUGCUAUGUGCAACAUUAGGUGGCAUUCGGUCACGCAUUCAGGUGCAUGCAGCUGUGCUAAUUCUUAUAAUCGCAGCAAUUUUAGAUGUAUUUAUAGGAGCUAUUUAUGGGCCAAAGACUGAUUCUGAAAAAAACCAAGGUUUCAUUGGUUUUAGCUGGGUCGCAAUUAAUUAUAACAUUUUUAAGAAUUUUGAAACUUUUGAUGAUUGGUGUAAAAGUUUUUGGUAUGGGUUUAGUAUAUUUUUUCCAGCAGUAUCUGGGUUUUUAGCUGGAACAAAUAAAUCAGGCGAAUUAAAGGAUUCAUUAAGAGCAAUACCAAGAGGUUCCUUAACAUCUAUUUUUAUUUCUUCUUCCAUUUAUAUUAGUAUAGCAAUUUUGGUUGGUUCAACAUUUGUAGAUCAAGAUCCAUUUUAUAAAUCUAAGUUUGAUGAUCCUAAUGAACACUAUGCAGUCAAUCGGACUAUUGGACUUAUAGCAUUUUUUAGCCCAUUAGUAUACGCAUGUAUCUUGGCCUCAACAUUAACAGCCUCAUUUUCUUCAUUUUUAGCUGCUCCAAAAGUAUUUCAAAUGUUAUGCAAUGAUAGAAUUUACAAUAAUCUUACAUGGUUUGGAUUUAGUAAUAAAUCAGGGGAACCAAUAAGAGCUGAUAUAUUGACUACAAUAAUUGUUUUGCUGUUUAUACUUCCCGGUAACUUGAAUGCAAUAUUACCGUCAAUAUCAAAUAUAUUUCUUAGUGUCUAUGCAUUGAUAAACUUCAGUACAUUUCAUGCAUCUUUAGUUAAACCAAUUGGAUGGCGUCCUACUUUUAAGUUGUAUAAUAUGUGGUUAAGUUUAGGUGGUUCAAUGUUAUGUGUAUUAUUGAUGUUUGUCAUUAGCUGGGGAACAGCUCUGGUGACAUUGGGAGCUAUAUUAGCUUUGUACUUAAUAGUAUCAUAUCAAAAACCAGAUGUCAAUUGGGGUACAAGUACCCAAGCUCAAACUUACAAACAAGCCUUAAUGGCUGUUCACAAUCUUAUCAGGGUGGAAGAUCAUGUCAAAAACUUUAGGCCUCAACUACUUAUACUUACUGGAAUGGCAUCUUCUAGACCAUCAUUAGUUGAUUUUGGACAUCUCAUCACAAAAAAUUUGUCAUUACUUGUGUGUGGAAAUAUUAUCAAAGCUCCAUCUUCACAAAAGUUACUCGAAAUUUAUUCAAAACGUGCUAUAAAUUGGUUAUGUUACCACAAAAUCAAAGGAUUUUAUGUACAAAUAGAUGGUACUAAUUUUGAUGAUGGUGCUAAAAGUUUAAUGCAAACAGUUGGUUUAGGCAAACUGAAACCAAACAUUGUUUUGUUAGGUUAUAAGAGCAAUUGGUUCAAAUGUAGUUCUCAAAAUUUAAAUAUGUAUUUCAAUGUGUUACAUAAAGCUUUAGAUAUUCAUAUGGCUGUAUGUAUAUUGCGUGUCAAAUCUGGUCUAAAUUUUUCGAAUUCCAUUCUCAUUGAUGAAAUGCAACUUGAUAUGAUGGUGAACCGUAAAGCAUCAUACCUUUCAGAAGAACCAUUUUUACAUAGUAGAUCACAGUCAAUGUCUACUGUUACUGAUAAAAAUGACAGCGAUGAAGAAAAUGAAUUAUUAAACAAAGAAACAUCUACAUCAUUGAAUAAACAAUGCACUGAUGAUAAAGUUGAUGAUCAACCAAAAUUAAAUAAAAACCAAAAAGUCAAUAUUGUCAAAGGAACUGAUGGUUAUGAUUUACCCAAAGACAUUAUGAAUGAGAUAACCAGGUUUCAACGUAAACAAAAGAAAGGUUCAAUUGAUGUUUGGUGGUUAUAUGAUGAUGGAGGCCUUACAUUACUUUUACCAUAUAUCUUAAGCACGAGAGGUAAUUGGUCAUCUUGUAAAUUGAGAGUUUUUACUAUAGCUAAUAAAAAAGAUCAAUUGGAAUUUGAACAAAGAAGUAUUGCUAGUCUAUUAGCCAAAUUCCGUAUUGAUUAUUCAGACUUGUUAGUAAUAACAGACCUUAUGAGGAAACCACAUGAAGAAACAUUAGCUUUUUAUGAUGCACUGAUUAAAAGUUAUAAGCCUAAAGGACCAAACAGUGAAAAUGAUGGUAUUAAAGAGUCUGAGUUAACAGCAAUGAAAGAAAAAACAAACCGUCAUCUUCGGUUAAGAGAGCUACUUUUAGAAAAUUCACAAGAAGCAAAUUUAAUUGUAAUGACUUUACCAAUGCCCAGAAAAAAUGUAGUACCAGCAUCUUUGUAUAUGUCCUGGCUAGAGACGUUGACGCAAGGUAUGCCUCCAUUUCUUUUGGUGCGGGGCAACCAAAACUCCGUACUUACAUUUUAUUCUUAAGCAUCUUUCGCUCAAGUACUGUUCCUCUAUUAAAUACCGGUAAAGUGAUGUUAAGUAAUAAUAUUUAAGUAAAUUGAAAAACAACAAUUUAACCUGACUCGUUGGCACAAACCACGUUUUAUUAUUUUUUUAUCACAAUAUAAGUGUUUUUUUUAAAGUAAUAAUAAUAAUAAGUUCUUCUUUGUAUACAAUUUAAUAAUUCAUUAAUUUGCAAAAUAUUUUAUGUGUAAUACUGUAAAAUUGUAAUUAAUUAAUUAAUUCAAAAAUAUGCUAUAAAUUAAACACAUUUUGCACGAUUAAAUUUUUAUUUUUUAAAGAAUCUCAUUUAAAUUUUAUAUAUAAUACAUUUAUAUGUAUAAAUAAUAUAUUAUGGCAUAAUGCUUAAUAUAUUUGGCAUACUAUAAUCAUUUCGAGUAAUUGAUGCAUAGUUUUCAGUUUUGGUUUUCUGAUGGAAGUGUUUUCUUUCUUCAAUUUAUAAUUUACUUAACUUCAAAUAUUUCAUUUACAAUAUAAUAAUAAAACGUAUUAAACCCUGUUUUUAGUCAACAUAUCAAUCAUUUAAUCUUGAUUUUAAAUGGAACAUCUGCUUACUGUAAUUUAUAUUAAUUAUUGAUUUUAAUAUUUUCUCUUAAAAUUGUAAUGUUUCUCAAAAGAAAUUUGUUCAUACAUUCUGUAUACAAUUAAAAAAAUCAUUAGAAUUACAAAUUAAUCAAUUUUCAACAUAAUCAGAUCUGAAUUUAUAAUUUUUGUACGUGAGAAUCUUCUAUUUUUAUGAAUGAAUUUAAUUAAUUAUAGUCAAUAUGAACUGGUAUAAAAAUCAUUAUUUAAUUAUUUAAAUGUUUUGAAUCAGGUAUUGUUACUAUGCAUUUUAACUGGAUAAUUAUUAUUACUUUUUUUUAUUUACUUUUUUUAAUUAACUAAAACACAAUUAUACAGGAUUACAUAACGUGUUUAAUGUCCAUUUGUGUAUGCAUAAUUUUUAAAUAUUUUUAAAAUUUGAUUAUCAUAAAAUCUGAUGAACUACUGUAAAUAAAGUUUAAUGUUAGAACUAAUCAACAUCUAAUAUAAUGAUUAUUUGGUCGUAAUUUUUUACUAUUUUUUAUUUUUAAAUAUUGUCCAAUGUCAUAAUAUAAUAUAUGGUUGUACAUUUAUUAUUUAAAUGAAAAAAUAUCAGUUGUUAUUGUGUUACGGAGCUUUAAAAUUGUUUAAACAUCAGAUGUAUUCUAGUCAUACUAUGGAAACAAAAUUUUACCUACUUUUCAACUUACUAUCAUUGCACAUUUAAUGAACCUGUACAGAAAUUUACAGUUUUGUUUACAACAUAAUAUAAGAUGUAUAAUACAACUAAUUAAUAUUAUUAGAAUUGAGAUAUCUGUGAUCAAUCCACAAAUUAAUUCAGUUUAUAUAAUUUUUUGGUUUUUUUCAUUGUGGCCUUUAACAACAACGCUCAAUUUGUGCUCAACGAAAUCAUUUAUGUAUAUUUUUGAGAACAUAAUUUAUUGUGCUAAUAAAAUUUAUAUAUUUUAGUAGAAAUAUAUUUUUUAUAAAUCGUAAUAUAAGUAAAUUAUACAUGACUAAUUAUCUAAGUUUGACACUCCAGCAAUAAAAAAAAGACUUAUUUUUAGAAAUGUA